AUGUCGAAUUAUCAAGGCCGAAAAUCGGAAUAUACGCCAACGGUCUAUACACGUUAUUUUGAACGAACUGAAACUCCUAAACAGUCGAAUGGUCACAUCUAUUUCGACGAAGAGCACGACGAAAAAACUUCAAAUUACCAAACAAAACGUGAUCUUAUAUUUAAACGAUUAUUCCCUUCCAAAUAUGCUCAAUCAAGUAAUGAACAAUCUGAAGCCGACAAAAGUGAAUCAAAGAAAACGAAUACUUUGUCAAAUAAUGAUGCCGCUCAACCAUUAGGUGAUUUUAUUCCACUUUCAAGUUCAAAAAAACAAGCAACAUCUGAAGCGGAUAUCACACUUUCCAGUUCAGAUGAACUAAACGAUGACGACGAUGUUUCAGUAGAAGCACAACUGCCGACAGUCGCCCAUGAAUCAAUUAUUGGUCAUGUUCAUCCUCGUACAACAAUCGAAAACGUUCGAGCAAUUCUCAUUCGUGAAUUCUAUCAACGUACGAGCGAUUCGCAUACAGAAUGGUUGAAAUGCAAAAUGGAAUUGCCCAGAGAAUACAUUAAUCCGAAGUAUUAUGCUGAUUUUCAGCGACGAUAUAGGAAAGAUAUUCAGAGGAAUGCCAGCGAUAAGAAGAAAUUGAAUUCAACAAAAACGAAAACUGAUAAUGGUUAUCAUGCUUUUAAUUUAACGAAAACUAACAAAAUUACCAAAGAAAUUGCUGUUAAAUCUGAGAAUGAAGAAAUCAUCGAAACUUCUGCUUCUGUUGAAUCUAAAUCUCCACCUGAAUUCAUCGUUCUCGACACCGACGACGAUGAUAAUGAUAAUCUCGAUUCCACUACAAACACCUCGUACUUCAUCGAUCGUUCGUCGACAUCAUUCGCCAACGCAUUUCAACCAACAACCGACACAUCUAACAAUGAUUAUCGCGAAGAAGAUUCCAAAUACGCGCAGUUACCAUCCCGUACGACGUCUUCAUUAACUGUGAUUCGUCCUAUUCUCAGUAAACAUCAGCGACGUCGACAAAAUCAAACGAAACCGUCGACCAAACCGCUUGUCUCUGCAAUCGAUCGCAUUAUCGAUCACAUGGAUCAAUCGAAAACCUUAAAUGAUUCACAUACAGUAGAAGAACAAAAUCUUCUCAUAAAACAGGCUAAAAAACGCAAGAAAAAGAAGAAGAAGUCAGCUUCUGCUAGUUAA